UACAAUGUGGCGCUGCGAGAUCCUGGUGCACUCAGAGGACGCAUGAGAGCUGAGGAAAGUCGGAGCAAACUGAAUCAAAGUUAGUGUUGAAGUCAGUCUACCUCCCAACGUGACCAUGAGAGUACUCCUACUAAUCUGCAUGCCAGUUCUCCUGCUCGCCCAGGGCCAGUACCAGGGACAGUUGCCUCUUUUGGGGGACUAUGGGACAGAUUAUUUUCCAGAAACCUACCAGCAGCAGGUUCGACUUGAUUUGGAGACUGAGCCCACAGAGCCCGGCCCUCUCGAUUGCAGAGAGGAGCAUUAUGCCUGCACCAGACUCUACUCUGUUCACAAGCCAUGCAAGCAGUGUCUCAACAGCCUCUGCUUCUACAACUUGCGACGGGUGUACGUCAUCAACAAGGAAGUUUGCGUGAGGACUGUGUGUGCACAUGAAGAGCUGCUCAGAGCGGACCUGUGUCGUGAUCAGUUCUCUCGCUGUGGCGUGGCCGCGUUGAGCGGACAGUGUGCAUCACUAGGAGGAAGCUGUGGAAAGAGCUGUGGUGGCUGCUGAUUGCUUACUGAGAUCAGGGACACUACCUGCCCAGAUACUGCCGCUUCUCUACAACUCGUCCACAUCCUCUUUCUUUGUCCUCCUUCUCCCUUCUUCUCUCCUCAGUUCUCCUUCUGACUCUACUGUACAAUUCAUUACUCUUGUGCCAAAAGCACUUCUUUUAUUCUAUUUCUCGUUACCUUCAUUUUUCCACAUGUAUAUUUGCCCAGUAGAUCCUGUGUGUAUGGUUACAUAUAUUCCAAAGAACAUUGAUGAUUGUAUAAAUCACUGGUGCUAUAAAAUCAUCACACUGGUGCUAUAAAAAAAGUUAACCUUUAGAGAUGCACAUAAAGCUGCAGAACAUCUUUUUUUCUUUUCUUUUUUUUGGCAUAUUGUAUCAUAUUAAUCUCAUGCUUUGUGUUUGUUGAUACGUUACUGUACUUGUGUUGAGAAGCAGUCAUUGUCACGAUGAUCAACUCAUCAGUGGUGGCCACUGUGCACUGACAUCAGACAAAACGAAUCAAUAUCCAGCCGUCUGCAGUCUCACCUUUGAAGAUCAUGAGACGUGUGAAGAAACAGGUGGUGAGUGACCUCAGAUUUUGUACUACAGCCACCUGGAUCUGUGCUCAGCAACCAAGCAGCAAGCUUAUAUAAAUAUAUUCCAGUGGCAACAAGUGCUCUGAAAAGGCAUCUCACAAACGGCCUCUGUACUACUGCUUUGUAAAACUGUCACUAUAAAGACCGAGAAAAAAAAAAUAAACUUUUUUUUUAAAUACA